CUAGGUUUAAAAAUCCCCGCGAAAUGUCAGAGUUCGCGCUUAAACCGAUGGUGUAGAUCGAGAGCACCGAGAGAUAGUGUCGCUGUUUAAAAUCAUCGGACGGUCCGGCCUCCGGCGUAGUUGAAACUUGAAGAUUGAAAUCUCAGUGACCCAGUUACACCCGUCCAGCGUUGGAACUGCAAGAAUGCGAGGACAUUUCGAUUUCUGAUUUAUGAGAUAGCGAGGUUCAGUUCAAGCUCACGCAUCUCUCAGUUGCAGAGUAGAACAAACCGUCGAAGAGAUGGCGGAAAGGGAGAUGAACGAUGAGCUUUCUCGGUUUAUAGAAUUGGGCAUUUUUCGAAUCGGAAGCUCUAAUGCCAUUUUCAUGGAUCCUGUUCGUGUCCUCAGCGCUUCUUAUUCCCGAUUUAGGGUUUCUCCUCACGCUUACUACUCUCGCUCCUUUGAAUCUAAGCCCGGAGGAGAAACUGCGGUUUCCGUAAAUCCAAGAAAACGGAAGCUAAAACAGAGAAAAUCCUAUUCUCUCAACGAAAGAGAGCUAAUUGCCGACCAACGUCAUCAGGAAGCAAGGCCUCUGUUGCUAGGCGCAUAUGAAGCUUUUCUCGAAACUGUUGGUCUGUUAUCGUUUCUGCCCAAUAUAAAGGAUGAUCCACACUAUUCGGUCGAAAAUGAACACCUGGUUACGUCUGUUGGAAGAGAGAUUGGACAGUCUUUGUUUGAACUUGGUAGCGUUUGGCAAGCCCCUCUGUAUGAGAUCUCUCUUCAUUUCCGUCCACAAAAUAGGCUUGCUGAAGACGGAGAAGGUUCCCCGAUUGUACAACAUGGUGAAACAGAGGUGGUGCCAGUAUUUAAUAACUUGGUUAUUAAUGAGACAAGUGAGGAUGUGGAGGCUGAAUUUCUUGACAGCUUGUAUAUAAUUCCCAGGGAGAGCUGCUUCCACAUGUCUGAUUUGAAGCAAAUUCAGAACCUGAUUCCUGCUCAGUGUGGUCAAGGCUUCAACCUUAUAGUCAUUGAUCCACCAUGGGAGAACAGAAGCGCACACCAGAAAUCAGUGUACCCUACGUUGCCUAAUAGAUACUUUUUGUCCAUUCCUAUGAAGCAACUAAUUCAUACAGAAGGAGCACUUGUGGCCUUGUGGGUUACAAAUAAGGAGAAAUUGCGGGUUUUCGUUGAGAAAGAAUUGUUCCCAAUGUGGGGUGUCAGAUACACAGCUAUCUUUUACUGGUUGAAGGUGAAAGUGGAUGGAUCCUUGAUCAGUGACUUAGACCUCUUCCAUCAUAGACCAUAUGAAUGUCUUCUCCUGGGCUACAGUGAUAGGGAGGGAGUGGAUACCGAUCAUCAUUCAACUUUUAAACCUAUACAUGGUAACCAAGUCAUCAUUAGCAUCCCUGGUGAUUAUUCGAGGAAGCCACCAAUCGGAAAGUUGCUAUUGGAUUAUGUACCAGGGCCAAAGCCUGCUCGGUGUAUUGAACUAUUUGCUAGAGAACUAUUGGAUGGAUGGACUUCAUGGGGAAAUGAGCCCCUUCACUUUCAGGAAUCAAGAUAUUUCCUGAGAAAGAAGAUGGAAGAAUAAUGAUUUGUGAAAGGCACCUGACUACUGGUGCAAAAACCUCUAGAGAGUGGGAAGUUGCUGACUCCUAAGGCAAUCCUUUAAGGUCAUGCCUCCCUCCUAUGUUACACAGCCUCUUAUUUUGCUCGAAGUUCACUUUUUGAGCACUGUUUAACUGUUCAGAAGUGGAUAGAAAGGAAAAAGGACUGUAGAUAAGAAAAUGAAAUUUGAAAAAAGAAAACUGAACUUUGCUACAGCUGUUUGGUUGUCUAAGAAAACGAGACGGAAAGUUGAGACAAAAUUUUCUGUAUUUGGUUGUCCAGAAACAGAGGGUACACCUUUAUUCUUAUUACCAAUGCUCAUAGAAUUUAUACUAUCGGGUGCAUAAGGACUGAAGCUGAGUUAAUGACUGAGAUACAAGUAGAACAAAAGGAGAAAUCAUGAAAGACUCUGGCGUAUUUCUGCUUCUGGUAAGCCAAACGGAUGGAAAUUAGUUUUUCAAUUAAAAACCCAUAUUUUUUCCUGGUGUUGUCCAUCUGAGUGUUCUGGAAAACCAAUUUUGGAUAGGUAACUGAAUUGAUAGCACAUGGGGUUUCUGGAAAACCAAAUAUGGCUAGAUAAUUUAAUUGAAUUAACGCAUGGAGUGAAGCGUUGGUGUCAUUAAACUAGUUUUUAUGUGUUUGAGCAUCCUUUUUCCCGGGAAGGGAAUCUAUUUUGUAAUCUACAUAAUUAAAGCCAAGAAGACAAUGAGGCCAUGCCCUUCCUCCCUCCCCCCUCUUUU